UCGGCGCACUCGGCAGGAAGAGACCGACCCACCACCCGCGGCGGCCCGCGCGCCCCUUCCACUGAAUCCCCGCCAUGUGGGGGCUCCUGCUCGCUCUGGCCGCCUUCGCGCAGGCCGUCGGCCCGGCUCUGGGGGCGCCCAGGAACUCGGUGCUGGACCUCGCACAGCCCGCGACCACCAAGGUCCCAGGCUCGAUCCCGGCCACGAACAGCAGCCUGGCACAGCUGCCGGUGGAGACGGCUAACGGGACCUCAGAACAGCAUGUCCGGAUUCGAAUCAUCAAGAAGAAAAAGGUCAUUAUGAAGAAGCGGAAGAAGCUAACUCGCCCCACCUCCCUGGUGACUGCCAGGCCCCUUGUGACCCCCACUCCAGCAGGGACCCUCAACCCCGCUGAGAAACAAGAAACAGGCUGUGCUCCUUUGGGUCUGGAGUCCCUGCGAGUUUCAGAUAGCCGGCUUGAGGCAUCCAGCAGCCAGUCCUUUGGUCUUGGACCACACCGAGGACGGCUCAACAUUCAGUCAGGCCUGGAGGACGGCGAUCUAUAUGAUGGAGGCUGGUGUGCUGAGGAGCAGGACACUGAUCCGUGGUUUCAGGUGGACGCUGGGCACCCCACCCGCUUCUCGGGUGUUAUCACACAGGGCAGGAACUCUGUCUGGAGGUAUGACUGGGUCACAUCAUACAAGGUCCAGUUUAGCAAUGACAGUUGGACCUGGUGGGGAAGUAGGAACCACAGCAGUGGGAUGGAUGCGGUAUUUCCUGCCAAUUCAGACCCAGAAACUCCAGUGCUGAACCUCCUGCCGGAGCCCCAGGUGGCCCGCUUCAUUCGCCUGCUGCCCCAGACCUGGCUCCAGGGAGGCACACCUUGCCUCCGGGCAGAGAUCCUGGCCUGCCCAGUCUCAGACCCCAAUGACCUAUUCCUUGAGGCCUCUGCACCGGGAUCCUCUGACCCUCUAGACUUUCGGCAUCACAAUUACAAGGCUAUGAGGAAGCUGAUGAAGCAGGUCCACGAGCAAUGCCCCAACAUCACCCGCAUCUACAGCAUCGGGAAGAGCUACCAGGGCCUGAAGCUGUAUGUGAUGGAAAUGUCGGACCAGCCUGGGGAGCAUGAGCUGGGGGAGCCUGAGGUACGCUACGUGGCCGGCAUGCAUGGGAAUGAGGCCCUGGGGCGGGAGUUGCUUCUGCUCCUGAUGCAGUUCCUGUGCCAUGAGUUCCUGCGAGGGAACCCACGGGUGACCCGGCUGCUCACUGAGAUGCGCAUUCACCUGCUGCCCUCCAUGAACCCUGAUGGCUAUGAGAUCGCCUACCACCGGGGCUCAGAGCUGGUGGGCUGGGCUGAGGGCCGCUGGAACAACCAGAGUAUCGACCUUAACCAUAAUUUUGCUGACCUCAACACACCACUGUGGGAAGCACAGGACGAUGGGAAGGUGCCCCACAUCGUCCCCAACCAUCACCUGCCAUUGCCUACUUACUACACCCUGCCCAAUGCCACCGUGAGUAUUCUGAAGGCAGCAGUGGAGGGCUGUGGGGGGCGGACCUUGUCUCUGUCUCCUGCCCCUCCUGACCUGCCCAUCCAGGUGGCUCCUGAAACACGGGCAGUAAUCAAGUGGAUGAAGCGGAUCCCCUUUGUGCUAAGUGCCAACCUCCACGGCGGGGAGCUCGUGGUGUCUUACCCAUUCGACAUGACUCGCACCCCGUGGGCUGCCCGCGAACUCACACCCACACCAGAUGAUGCUGUGUUUCGCUGGCUCAGCACUGUCUAUGCUGGCAGUAAUCUGGCCAUGCAGGACACCAGCCGCCGCCCCUGCCACAGCCAGGACUUCUCCGUGCACGGCAACAUCAUCAACGGGGCUGACUGGCACACAGUCCCCGGGAGCAUGAAUGACUUCAGCUACCUACACACCAACUGCUUUGAGGUCACUGUGGAGCUGUCCUGUGACAAGUUCCCUCAUGAGAAUGAACUGCCCCAGGAGUGGGAGAACAACAAAGACGCCCUCCUCACCUACCUGGAGCAGGUGCGCAUGGGCAUUGCAGGAGUGGUGCGGGACAAGGACACGGAGCUUGGGAUUGCUGAUGCUGUCAUUGCCGUGGAUGGGAUUAACCAUGAUGUGACAACGGCGUGGGGCGGGGAUUAUUGGCGUCUGCUGACCCCAGGGGACUACAUGGUGACUGCCAGUGCCGAGGGCUACCAUUCAGUGACACGGAACUGUCGGGUCACCUUUGAAGAGGGCCCCUUCCCCUGCAACUUCGUGCUCACCAAGACUCCCAAACAGAGACUGCGCGAGCUGCUGGCAGCUGGGGCCAAGGUGCCCCCGGACCUUCGCAGGCGCCUGGAGCGGCUAAGGGGACAGAAGGAUUGAUACCUGCAGUUUAAGAGCCCUAGGGCAGGCUGGACCUGUCAAGAUGGGAAGGGGAAGAGUAGAGAGGGAGGGACAAAGUGAGGAAAAGGUGCUCAUUAAAGCUACCGGGCACCUUAGCUCA